AGGCUGAUAGUAGCGCUGUGUGUGUGUCAGAAUCCCGGACUGACGCUCCGCGUUUCCCGCUCAGUGAGUCCCGCGCGCUCGGUUGCGACAUGACCAGAGUCCCGCACUCCUGCCCCGCCAAACAUGGAGCACUUUAAAUCCUUCAUUUCGCUGCUCUGGAUAUUAUUGUUCAACAGAACCCCGGAGUCCCGUGCAGAGGAAGUUGUUUUGCUGAAUUCUAAGGAGUCUCAGGCUGAGCUGGGCUGGACCUCAUAUCCUUCUAAUGGGUGGGAGGAGAUCAGCGGUGUGGACGAGAAGUACAAGCCCAUCCGCACAUAUCAGGUGUGCAACGUGAUGGAGCCCAGUCAGAACAACUGGCUGCAGACGGGCUGGAUCUGGCGUCAGGGCGGCCAGCGCAUCUUCAUCGAGCUGCAGUUUACCCUGCGCGACUGCAACAGCAUCCCUGGAGUUUCGGGAAGCUGCAAGGAAACCUUUAAUCUCCUGUACGCAGAGUCAGACUGGGAUCUGGGCCGCGUGUCCAGAGAAGACCGAUACAGUAAAAUCGACACCAUCGCUGCCGACGAGAGCUUCACACAGGGAGAUCUGGGGGAGCGGAAGAUGAAACUCAACACGGAAGUGCGGGAAAUCGGGCAUCUGAACAGGAAGGGCUUCCACCUGGCGUUCCAGGACGUGGGCGCGUGUGUGGCGCUGGUGUCCGUCAGGGUGUAUUACAAGCGCUGUCUGUCCACCGUGCAGAAUCUGGCGGUGUUUCCGGAUACGGUGGCGGAGGCGGCGUUUUCCACACUGGUGGAGGUGAGGGGGGCGUGUGUCAAUAACUCUGAGGUGGACACAGACAGCCCUCCCAGAAUGCACUGCAGCGCUGAGGGCGAGUGGCUGGUGCCCAUCGGGAAGUGCAGCUGCAGCGCCGGGUAUGAGGAGGGACACAGCAGCUGUGAAGGUUAGAGACACACACACACACACACACAUAGAUACAUACAUAAAACUAUUUAACACUAAGUGGUUCACACACACAGUCUCAUAAACGCACAUAAAUAACAAUUUAAGACAG